AGUCGUGGCGAGGCGCUCUCGGAUAACCAGCGAUGCUGCUCGCGACUCGACGGCACCCCGGUGGAGAGUCCUCCGCGAGGAUGGAGGUCUCGAGGCGGGCCUGCCUCUGGCAGCCCUGGCUCGACUUCGAGGCCGCCCUUAGAGGCGCGAGGAACAGAGAGGAGAGGCCAAAGCCGACGGGCCUGCACCGGAAGCCGAGCAGCGCCUGGCGCAAGGAACGCAGGCGCGAUCCCAUCCAGAGCGAGGCUCUCGACAUGUCGGCCGCCCGGGUGCACAACCAUCACAGCCGGCCCAGCGUCAUCGUCCCCACGACCGCAGCACCCCAGCCAGGGCUACACUCGCCCGAGAGCAGCGGCGAAUGCCUUACUGGUGCAACGACGGAGGACACGGCCGUGACACCGACGGCCAGCGUCACACCCUCGGCAGCGACCCGGGGACAGCGCACGGGGGUAAGAACCGCCGGGGUGGCGAGUGAUCCCGCGAUCGACGAGCACUUCAAGCGGUCCCUCGGCCUCAAGGACUAUGCGGCGGUGUUCAAUGCGGCGAGCACCGACAAGGAGACCGGCCUCAGCGUGGACGACCACUUCGCGAAGGCCCUCGGCGAGACUUGGACGAGGUUGCAGGCGACCAGUCGAAGCAAGGACUCCACGACAUAACUUCCGCAUACGGCUCGGCGAUUUUGCCCUGGCAGAACCUGGCAUCUCCUGGCCGAGGCGCCGAUGCGGCUGCGAAGGCCGUCGUCGGGACGACGGCGACUAUGGUGACGAUAACGAGCGCGACCCCGAGGGGUCCCCUCCGCGAGUUCUCACGACGCUUGUAAAUAGAUAUUUUUCGACGCACCACCGAAGUAGAUACGAUUUGCGUAUACUUAGUUUAUUUAUUCGAUCUGUUAUCAUUAAUUAAUUUUAUUACUAUUACUUUGAU